UCAGUGUACACGUUUUAUUAAGUAUAGUGUGAUAAAUAUGAAAAUGUGGUCAAAAUUGGUGUUAUUAUGUGUUUUUGGGUGCACUAACUCACUAACCACCUCCUUCGACCUCGGCGGCGUGGUGUCCGGCAACCGCAUGGCCGCGGUACCACUUGGCCACUCCCUGGGAGACGGCGAGCUGGAUGUGGAAGGCAUCUGCACGCAACCCGGCAUGGCUUGCCAGGACUGUACCACAGCUGUCACUUGCGUGCCUCUCCCUAUCGGAUGGCUGAAGGUACCCGUCCACAUAUGCCCUGAGGGCCUGACCUGCAACGCUCACGAGGGCAAAUGUUCUAACAACACGGUUCCAGAGUGUGACGUCACCAAUUCCGAGUACCAACAUACUUGUGAGCAGGUUGGCAUAUUCCCGGAUGCCUUCGACUGCAGGAAGUUCCACCUGUGUUCUCCGCCGCAGGGGCUGCCGGACGGGAGGCCCGCUGACCACCGAACGGCGCUCUGCCCCCGACACUACGGGUACAACCCUCAAACUGCUCAGUGCUCGAUACGUCUAACUCACGGACAGUGUAUCGAAAAACCGGUGCCUACAUGUUCGAUAGUCGGUCAAACUGACGUUUUACCAAAGAGUCCUAAUCACUAUUACGUCUGCUUACUAAAACAUGGUUCUUUAUACCCUCAAAUCUUCAUCUGCCCCCAUGGCUGGUACUUCUGGGGAGGAUUCUGUCGCCCUGAACCGAAAGACGAACAAACUACUGAGAAUGAAAAGGACAGCGCUGUUUUCAAAGUUCCCACUACAACUGAAGCCACUACGACUAAAAUUGAAAGUUUCUUUUCUACUGAAAGAGCUACGACGUAUGCUGCCGAUUCGUUUUUGGCGGAUAAAUUCGAUUUGACCAAUUACGAAACCAUUGACGAUCAAGCGCCAUCCUUUGACGAUUUCACGAAUUCGUUUGAGAGUGAUUGGUCCUAAGCGGUCGUAAACAGUGAUAACUAGAAAAUGGCAUUGUAGAAAUAAAUACUUACACUUUAAAAUAUCAUCAUCAUC